UCAUCUUUUGAUACAACACCAAUUUUGGUGAAUAAAGCGGAAAAGAAUUUCACAAAAUCUGGCCGUUCAUUUGGCAAUUGUUUACGUGGAUGUAAAUGGGCACCAGAUGGAUCAUGUAUCUGUACGAAUAGUGAUGAUCAUCGUAUUCGUAUUUUUAAUUUACCACAAAAAUUUAUCGAUAAUUUAGAUAAUAUAAUCGACGAACCAGAAGAAUUGCUUUCUGUACUAGAAUUGAAAGAAUCACAGAUAAUUUAUGAUUAUUGUUGGUAUCCAUACAUGAAUUCAUUGGAUUAUGCUACAUGUUUUUUACUUUGCUGUAGUCGUGAUGUGCCAAUACAUUUAUGGGAUGCAUAUACUGGUCGAUUGUUUGCAUCAUAUAUAGCCGAAGAUAAUGUUUGUGAAUUAGUAUCGGCCCGUUCUGUAUGUUUUAUGGCUGAUGGUAAAAAAAUCUUAGCUGGAUAUGAAAAAUUUAUAUGCAUAUUUGAUUUAUCUAGACCGGGUAAACAUGGAAAUUAUAUCUAUGACAUUCCUAAAGGAAUUAUUUCGUGUUUGUCAUGCAAUGAUCAAUUAUUUGCAACCGGAUCAUUUAAUCGAUUGAUUGGAUUAUAUGAUAUCGAUACUAUGGAACAUAUUGCCACAUUGAAAGGACAUCAUGGUGGCGUAACACAUUUACAAUUAUCACCCGAUAAUAUGAGACUUUAUAGUGGAGCAAGAAAGGACCAAGAAAUACUUUGUUGGGAUCUACGUAAUUAUGGAGAAAUAUUACAUAUUAUUCGCCGUGAUUGUCCAACUAAUCAACGUAUCUAUUUUGAUGUAAAUUUUCAACAUAACAUACUGGCCACUGGUGAUGAUCAACAAGUUAGAUUUUAUAAUCUAUAUCAACAAUCAACACUCGAUAGCGAUAAUAAAGUAUUGAAACCAUUUAAUGAAUUUCAUUCACAUAAUAAUCGUGUUAAUGGUAUUAGUUUACAUCCUUCAUUACCAUUAUUGGCUACAACAUCCGGUGAACGAUGUUUACUCGAUUUCAAUGAUGAAGAAGAUAUUAUUUUUGAUUAUAAAAAAAUCUAUACAUAUGAUAAUAAUAUGAAAUUUUGGUGGUUCAAAACAUCCAAUAUCGAUGAUGAUGAUGACAAAUUGGAAAAAAAAUAGUUGUUUGAUCAUAUUAUCCAAUGAUGAUGGCGAUAGAAUUUGGACGGAUAUUGACAAUGAUGAUGAUGAUGAUGAUGGCAAUGGCGAAUAACCGGGGAUGAAUUUUCGACAAUAUUUAUUAUACAUACACACACACACAUACAUACAUUCUAUACAAUAUUUAGAUAACUAAAGAAGAAAGAAAGAAAAAUUUUAGCCAGAUGAAAAUGAGAAAAAAAGAGAGAAAAAAAAUUCAAUUCAGGAUAUUGAGAAUAAUAUCAAACAUUUAUGGCUCAUCAUCAUCAUCAUGAUGAUCAUCAAUUUACGAAACACAGAGAUCAAUCGAUCGAUCGAUUGAUCUAUCUAUCCUAUUACUUGGACUAGCCAAAAUCGAACCAACAACGUAUGUGAAUAUUAUUAUAUAUAUAUUAUUAUAAUGAAGAUUAAAUGUUUGUUUACUUUUUAUCAUCA